UAUGAAGUUGGAAAGCUUCUAUCUAAAUGCAAGGGUUAAUCUUUGCGAAUUUAAAUUCAACUUUUGUAAAGAAACUUUAAAAACUGUCUACUUGAAUGUAAAUUGUCAAUCAUUUUCAAUUUCUGAAGAUUUGAAUCAGUUGAAAAGUCUGGCUAUUCGAAGCAAAUCGAAAAGGAUUUCUCUAACUUCUAUUAAUCUUCCUCAAAGAAAGAAACUGAAGGAAUUAUCUUGUAGAUUUUGCGGAUUAGAAAAUUUGGAAAUGAAUUUUUCCAGUAUAGAAAAGCUUGAUUUAAGUUUUAAUAAAUUCCAGUCUAUACCCAACAUUUCUGGAAAUAAUUUAAAGAGUUUAAACCUCUCUUACAAUGCAAUUACCACCUUUAGUGUCCCCAGAACGUUGACUCAUUUGGAAACUCUCGAUUUAUCAAAUAAUGAACUAUCAAACAUGGCUCAAUCGUCUCAUGUAACAGAACUAUUGCGCAGAAAUCAGAGCGGAUUGAUUAACAUAAAUUUAAAUAAAAACAGGUUAUUAUGCAACUGCGAUAUGAAUUAUAUGAUUGUCGGAUAUCAACUAUUAAAUAGGAAAUCGACUGAUAGUUUCUACGGAAAAUGUAAUUUUAACGGUCAAGAUUAUUCAACGUCUAUAAAAUUAAACGCCAUAACGAAAUAUAAUAAAGUUGAUAAGUCGACAUUUGAGAUAAAAUCAACAAAAGACAAAUCCGAUUCAACAUUGAUAAGCUGUAUGGUUAAAGGAUGUUCUCGAUACGCUGUAGUUAAUUUUACAUUUUUUAGAUAUUCUUUUCAAAAUCGCUUUAAAAAAUAUCUAAAGAGAUCCUAUCGUAUGCCUUAUAUAGAAAUUCGUAAUUCUACUGGUUUCGUUGAAAGGAAAUAUAAAUGCUCUGAAUUACAUAAAACCGACUAUUUUGAGUGCGUCUUCUCCACUAAAAAUCAAACAUUUAGAGCGUCUACCAAGAAGAUCAGCUGCUUCUCUCACGAUGAUCAACAACAAAAUCAGCUUUUGACCUUUAUUAUUCCAGUAUCUGUUGGAACUCUUGUUGUCUUUGGGCUCAUUGUCGUUUGUUCAGUAUCAAAGAAAGUUUACACUAGAAGUCGUCUCAAGAAAUUUAUUAUUAUGUUGAAAAUAGGGAGACUUUCCCAUCCGGAACCCGAGAUUGAAGCCGAAGUUUCCGAAAGGCAAAAUUCCGAUAGUGAACCCCCCGAGUACCAUUCGGAAGAUGGAAGAGAAAUACCUACCGUAUCUCAAACUUGCCCCCGAGUAACACUGGACGUUAUAAAGCCGCCUAGUUACGAAACGGUUCAAUUCUAUAUGAACUCGAGUCCACCCGCCUAUAGUAGUGUUAGUAAUUGA